ACAUUUCCCGGCAGGUUGCGCGGCGCGGAGGGCCGUCCUCGGCGCUGCCCGAAAGCCCCAGGGGCGGCGCUGGCUGUCCACUGUGUUACCCGAAGGACCCCGGCGGCAGCCCAUGCCGAACUGAGUCCUCUGAGUCGCGGCCGCUUCCCGUCGCCGUCCGCCGUCGCCCGCGCGGCCCGCCGCCCGCCGCGAUGCUGGAGGAAGCGGGCGAGGUAUUGGAGAACGUGCUGAAGGCGUCGUGCCUGCCGCUUGGCUUCAUCGUCUUCCUGCCCGCUGUCCUGCUGCUUGUGGCGCCGCCACUGCCCGCAGCCGACGCCGCGCACGAGUUCACGGUGUACCGCAUGCAGCAAUACGACCUGCAGGGCCAGCCGUACGGCACCCGCAAUGCAGUGCUCAACACAGAGGCGCGGACCAUGGAUGCAGAUGUGCUCAGCCGCCGUUGUGUGCUCAUGAGGCUGGUGGACUUCUCCUAUGAGCAGUACCAGAAAGCAUUGCGACAGUCCGCAGGCGCUGUGGUCAUCAUCCUGCCCAGGGCUAUGGCUGCUGUGCCACAGGACGUGGUCCGGCAAUUCAUGGAGAUUGAGCCUGAGAUGCUGGCCAUGGAGACCGUGGUCCCCGUGUACUUCGCGGUGGAGGACGAGGCUCUACUGUCCAUUUAUGAGCAGACCCAGGCUGCCUCCGCCUCCCAGGGCUCUGCCUCAGCUGCCGAAGUGCUGCUGCGCACCGCCACAGCCAACGGGUUCCAGAUGGUCACCAGCGGAGCCCAGAGUCAGGCCUUGAGUGACUGGCUCAUCACCAGCGUAGAGGGCCGGCUAACCGGGCUGGGCGGCGAGGACCUCCCAACAAUUGUCAUUGUGGCCCACUAUGAUGCCUUCGGGGUGGCCCCGUGGCUGUCCGUGGGCGCCGACUCCAAUGGCAGCGGCAUCUCAGUGCUCCUGGAGCUGGCCCGCCUCUUCUCCAGACUCUACACAUACAAGCGUACCCAUGCUGCGUACAACCUCCUGUUUUUUGCAUCUGGAGGCGGCAAAUUUAACUACCAGGGCACCAAGCGCUGGCUGGAGGACAGCCUGGACCACACAGACUCCAGCCUGCUUCAGGACAACGUGGCCUUCGUGCUGUGUCUGGACACCGUGGGCCGCGGCAGCCACCUGCGGCUGCACGUGUCGAAGCCGCCGCGCGAGGGCACGCUGCAGCACGCCUUCCUGCGUGAGCUGGAGAUGGUGGCCGCGCACCAGUUCCCCGAGGUCAGCUUCUCCAUGGUGCACAAGAAGAUCAACCUGGCGGAUGACGUGCUGGCCUGGGAGCACGAGCGCUUCGCCAUCCGCCGCCUGCCGGCCUUCACGCUGUCCCACCUGGACAGCCACCGCGCCGGGCAGCGCAGCAGCAUCAUGGACGUGCGGUCCCGAGUGGACUCUAAGACGCUGACACGCAACACCCGCAUCAUCGCGGAGGCGCUGACCCGUGUCAUCUACAACCUCACAGAGAAGGGGACACCGCCGGACAUGCCAGUGUUCACGGAGCAGAUGCAGGUACAACAGGAACAGCUGGACUCGGUGAUGGACUGGCUGACCAACCAGCCACGGGCUGCCCAACUGCUUGACAAGGACGGCACGUUUCUGAGCACGCUGGAGCACUUCCUGAGCCGCUACCUCAAGGACGUGCGGCAGCACCACGUGAAGGCCGAUAAGCGGGACCCUGAGUUCGUCUUCUACGACCAGCUGAAGCAGGUGAUGAACGCGUACAGGGUCAAGCCGGCCAUCUUCGACCUGCUGCUGGCUGUGUGCAUCAGUGCCUACCUGGGCAUGGCAUAUACAGCUAUCCAGCACUUCCACCUGCUCUACGAGAUGGUGCAGAGGCUGCUGUUGAAGGUCAAGGCGCAGUGACCACCCACCAUACACAGUCAGUGGUGAGGAACCGGCCACCGGAAAACCUUUGGCGGCCAGAACUGAGUCACAGUGGCUGCUGGGCUGGAGUUGGGGGCACCCCUCUGUUUCCUGGCACUUUCCUGAGGGUGAGCCCAGCAGGGACACAACAGUCACCCACCUGCGCUGGCAGCCUUGGGGCUUCUGCAUCCCAGUCCUCCCUGAUGACACCCAGUGGCCUCCCCCAAGGCCACCAUGCCUGGCCUUGCCUCUCACAGGACCUGGUGGCCAGUAGCAGCAGCAUCCCCCACUGUCAUCAGCCUCCUACCCACCCCUGCCCAGGCUGGUUGCCUCCACCCAUCCCCUCGGCAUCACUGGACCUGCCUGGUCCCCAUGCUGAACCUGAGCCACCCCAAGUUCUAGCCUCAGUCCCCCCCAUCCUGUGGCUGCCCACUGUACCUGUCCCCUAGGACCAAAGGCUGGGGAUGCUGGGGGACCCAGGGUGGCCCUGGAUGGGGAGCCUAUGCCCCUGAAGUUUCCCCUCCUCGCUGCCCUGUUCCCCCUCCCCAGCCUGUUUCCCCUCCUGUUGCCUGUGAUUUGUUCUGGGGACCCCACCCCAUGCCACAGCAUCUGAUGGAGCCAGGCUGGGGCAUCCCCCUUGGUCUGCAGUGGCCGCAGCUGGCCUUCAGUGUGAGGCCCUAACACCAUCAGGGUACCCUGAGGUGUGUGCCCUGGGGAGGCAGUAGGGGACCACAGCGCCCACCGGGUUGAUCUCAGGGACCUACGGUGACCCGUUCGAUAGCAAUAUGAGCCUGGGGUGUCAGGCUGGGGACCCUGGUUCCUGCUGAGGCCAGGUCCACCCUGUACACACCCAACCCACCCACAGGCCAGCACUGCCCCCUGGGACCCUGUGUCCUAUGAUGAGGGGACUUGUCCUGGGAGGGGAUGACACGGUAUCUCCCUGUGGCAUCUCCACCUCCCCCGUUUCUGGAAGGUGGGACAGAUGGGCCGUCCAGGGGGUGGGGGUCAAAGUUGCCGGGUUUAGAAAAUAAAGCCAUAUUGAACGAUU